ACAUAAAGCUCGCGUCACCCAGGCGCUUCCGCCUUGAUCAUGCUGGGCGCGCGCUCUCUUCGGUCCGUAGUAUAAUAACCGACUCACUCUUUCGCGAUGAAGCUUCUCCCAAUCUCGUCCGCGCUUCUCGCGGCCAGCUGCGCAAGUGCCACGGCCAUUGAACGCCGUCAGAGCGGCGGUGGGUUCGAGGACGGCCAGCCUAUAGAUGGCAAUGGCAAGGGGGCUCCGAUCGUAGGCGGUACGAAUCACCAGAUCGACCUGCAGAACCCCGACAACCUUGGGCGGCAGAGCACCGACGCCGGCGUGGUUCCGAACCUCAAAUGGAGCUUCUCCGACUCCAAAACGAGGAUCGUGAACGGCGGCUGGGUGCGUGAGUCCGUGAUCACCGACUUACCUAGCAGUCACGAUAUCGCAGGCGCACAACAGCACCUGACCAAGGGCUCCAUUCGCGAGCUUCACUGGCACCGCGUUGCGGAAUGGGGUUAUUUGUACACGGGCUCGCUCAUAAUAACAGCGGUUAACCAGGACGGCGAAUUUGAGCUCUCUAAGAUCGAGGAAGGCGACAUCUGGUAUUUCCCCGUGGGUGUUGCCCACACGGUGCAGGGCCUCGAAGAUAACAACGAGUUCCUCCUGAUAUUUGACGACGGGAACUUUGACGCUGUCGGCACGACGUUCAACGUAGACGACUGGAUCACGCACACCCCUAAGUCCGUUUUAGCGAAGAACUUCGGCCUUCCUGAGUCCGUCUUCAACUCCGUGCCAGCUAGCCCAUACAUUGUCAACGCGACGAUCGACCCGCACGACGUGACGGGCGGCAAUGGCCAGUUGAAAGGAAACGCGUCAUUUGUGUAUUAUUCUAAAGAUCACCCUCUCGAGGACGUGCCAGGUGGCGGCGGUACUUUGAGAAUCGUGGACAGCACGACGUUCCCCGUGGCAAAGACCAUUGCAGCAACGGUCGUCACGCUUUCGCCGGGUGCGCUGCGAGAGUUACAUUGGCAUCCUAAUGCUGAGGAAUGGCUGUACUUCCACAAGGGCCAAGGGCGCGCAACCGUCUUUAUUGGCAGCGGCGCGGCGCGGACAUUUGAUUUCCGGGCCGGCGACACGGGCGUGUUCCCGACUAACAGCGGCCACUAUAUCGAGAACACUUCGGAGACAGAAGAUCUCGUGUGGAUCGAGAUCUAUAAGAGCGACCGUGUGGAGGAUAUCUCGCUGACACAGUGGCUCGCUCUCACCCCGGCUGACAUCGUCGCUAACGUACUCAAAAUCCCGCUCAAUAUCGCCGAGAACCUAGUCAAGGAGAAGCAGCUUUUGAUUAAGAACCGAUGAGCAUAGGUUGAGAAGGAUACGGACAGAUCGCCUUUGGUUUAUACUGCAUCUCCAUAUAUUUGCGUUUGUUCGCUCCGAGAGUCACUCCUAAUAUCGCAUAGCGUCCAGUCAUCAUGCCAUGUACAAGUAUAUUGUUAUGUCUUGACAGGUAGAUACCUAAGCCGUCAUUCGUGUUCUUCGACGGCACCUUCGACCUAGCACCU